AUGCCUUACUUUUCUCCGCGUCCCAAAAAUAUACUCUUUGGUAUUUUUCCCUUAAUAUUCUUUCUCCCUCCUCCCUCCCUCCAGAUUAAACCAUGCACACGAGCCUCUUUAACAAUCACCUUCACAUUUGCUGAAAAAACACCAAGACUUUCUCUUUUCCCUUUUUCCCAUCUCUCUCUUUCUUUCCUCCCCUCUCCCUACAUGCCACUUUUUCUCUUUUCUAUUAUUCUUUUUGUUCACUCCCUUUUCUCUCAUUUUCUCGACAUACUUUGUUUUCCUCCCCUCUGCCUACAUGCCUCCCUUUUCUCCCUACAGGCUUCCCUUUUUUUCUCUUCUUGCAGUCUUUUCUCCCUAUGUCUUCCUCUUCUCUCUACAUCUCACCCUUUUAUUUCUUUUCCUUACAUGCCUUCCUUUUCUCUCUUCUUUCUACAUGUUUUCCUUUUCUUUCCUAUAUGCUUUCCUUUUCCCCAAUCCUUUAUGGUAAUCUAG